GGCCAGGAUGACUUAAAACAACAACUUUGUAAGAAGCAUCUUCUUACAGUUGCUAUGGCUACAAGAAGAAGUCCAAUUAAAGUUCCAUGUGAAAAUGAAGACUUACCUGACAAAGAAAAUGCACCAGAUUCUGACGAGGACACUUUACGAGGUGAGCUAGGUUUAACUUCGGCUUCAGUUAUUGUUAGAACAAUUUAUUGCCAAUGCAAGCAAAUGUGGAGAACUGGAUAUAUACUCUGUAUGGGCACUUUAAAGGAUAUUUGGCCAGUCAUGACUCUCUUCUAUGAUAACAAAACGCUGUUCAUUGAGAGGAUCUCUGAAGCAGAAACCUUUGUUAUUUUCUUUUCUGACAGUUCAAAGCAAGUACACAAAGUUAUAAUAAGUAAAGGGGUUAUUUGAUCAUCAUAUAACAUCCAUUGUGUAAGUUUGCAUAAUACGUAUCAUCAUCAUCCAUCAUCUUUUCAUUAUGAUGCAACAAUCACUUUGGAAGCUUCAACAUCCUCUCCCUCCUUCUCCUUGAGCAACCCACAGGAUCUUCAUUCAAGCCGGGAGGGGAGGGGGGGGGGUUAAACCCUGCUAAUUUCAAGUAGAAUAUAGGUAUUAUAUCAUUGAAUAUGGAGGUGUUUAAGGUAGAUUGUACACUUUCACUAUCAAAUUGCUCAGAAGAAAGAAGUCUUCAAGGUCUAGAUUUUAAAGCUUUGUCAGUUAGUUGAAAGUCAGGCUGCUAAUUAUUUUGUUUUUUUCCUUAAAAUUGUGUGGGCAUUUGAACACAAAUUUUUCCUGGGGGAUAGGAAUUUUAGGAAACCUUUCUCCAAAAGUCUAAAUGCCCAGGGGUUUGUUUCAAGUUGAGUGAUGCCUAAUUCUCAUUAUUACCACUGUUGUCACCCACAUUAUUAACAUCAUCAUAACUAUUAAUCUCAUCUUUAUCAUCAUUCUUAUCUAUUAUAUAAUAACUGUUCACCUGUAAGUAAUAUUGCUUCUGGUUUUUAUGAUUGCAACAUUUGGAUGUUAUGGACUCGUUAACUAUCUAUAGAUGUAAUCAAAGUAGUAGACUCUUUUACACUUAUAAUUAUGCUGACUCCCUUUGAUUAUCAGAGAGUCUCACAGACACAGAACCACACUCUGGGUCUCCCACAUGGGUCAUCCAAACUUGAAGAGGAUUAACUUUGAUUGAUUCAAAGUAGGAAUAACACUUUCUUCUAAACAACAACCACAACAGCAACUGAGUCUAAUUGGUUGAGCUUUCAACCAAAAAAAGUCUCCCAUAAAUUAACUGACUAGGGUUUGUCCUGUAAAGGGGGGUGGUGUGCAUAAGUCAUUGUAGGUCAUUGUAGGGAUUACUGAUACACUUUCUUCUUAACUUACAACCACAACAGUAACUGGGUCUGAUUGGUUGAGCAUUCAUUAAAAAAGUCUCCAAUAAAUUAACUGACUGGGGUUUGUCCUGUGAGGGGGGGUUUACAGCAUUAAAGGUUUCCAAGGGAUGGGUCAAGUCAGGCAAGCGCAAAAGUGGCAGGUGGCAAAAGAGGAAAAAUCUGCAGAUUUUAAAUCUCCAGAUCUUGGCAAGUCUUCUUAUACACUAAUUAACUACAACCACAGACUUUCACACAAAUUAAUUUUUAUUUUUUUUCUUUGCAGCCACAGCUGAUGGUUAUAGGAAUCAGGGUAAUGAGGCCUUCAAGAAAGGAGAUUUCACCAAUGCUAUUCAUUUUUACACGGAAGGAAUUAAAAUGAACUGCAAUGAGAAAGAACUGAAGGCCAAACUGUACAACAACAGGGCUACUGCACAUUUUAAACUAGGUAAGAUGAUGAGAGCUUUAAUAUGCAUUUUUUUGCUCUUUUGAAGCUAAGGGCUGUCAGUAGUAGUUUUCCAAAAAAGGUGAUAAUUUGGAAUGCAAUAUUAUGCGCAAAAGGAAAUUCAUCAGAAAAUAUCUCUGUGCCUUAUAUUGGCCUCUCAUUUGACAUACAAAAAAGUAACCUCUUACCCCAAAUAUCAAAGAGCAUCAAAAGUUUUUUCCUAAAAUUAAUGUAAAGGGGACCGAGGUAGGUUUGUUAUAUGUACAGCUAAUUAGAGGUAUUUAUUUUUACAAAAAAGGAAAUCACCAGGAUUCACUAAGGGAUGCAGAAGCAGCCAUUGAGUCAAAUCCAACUUUCCUCAAGGCAAUUGUGAGAGGUUAGCAAUAUGUUAGCUGUGCUAUUAUAAUAAUGAAAAACAAAAAGCUCAUUCCAAUUAGGAUAGCUGAAGUUAAAUCUUGUCUCAAUUACUUUGAUUAAGAUGUAGAGACCACCUUGAUGUACAUUUUAAUAAAGCUCUUGACUACUGUCCAUAACUUUUUAUUAUGAUGGGAUACUAUUUUGAGAUGUAUGAAGAACUCAAUGCUGAAAGCAAGCAAAAUUUCAGCAUGAAUAUUUUUGUUUCCUUUUCCUCAAUGAGUGAGGUAGUGGUGUCAGAUAUGUUUAGUCACUGUCUAGCUGUUUUGAAAAGAAGUAGUUAAGGACUUAACUUAAAACUGUAAGGAACCUUUCCUCAUUCGUUUAGUCUAACUCAACUUCAAGUGCUAUAGUACAUGUAAUAUGAUAAAUGUAACUAGGAACGGUAUGAGAAAAUAUUAUUCUUGGUGAACUUCAGUCAAACCUUUGUUUGAGUCACUUCCUAGGAAUCAAUUAUCAACUGAUUAAGUAUGUCAAAUGUUAACUGAAACUACAUGUAAGGAGAAACUUAAGUACUAAUAUCAAACAUAAGUUUUUGCUUUGUCUAUAUAUUUUGAUUGAAGUUGAAAUUUAACCUAGUUCUAAACAAGUUAGCAAAAAAAUGCACCAUUAUAAUAAUUUAAAAAGAUGGGUUUUAUUUUUCCGUUCUUGCAUUGCAUGUUUUAUAUUCUAUCUAUAUCUCAUAGUGAGUUUGUGGCAAUUGUGAGUGCCCAAUUCAAAUGUUCUUAGAAGUUUCAAUUAUCAAAAGCUAAUCUAACUGAAACCUAACAGGGCCUGUUUAUUCUUUUCCUUUAAGUUUUUUGUUUUGUUUUUCCUGGACAGCUGAGAUGAUUUAGCUUUCAAUCAGGUUUCAGGUUCUUUUCUUGGAAUUGAGCUACAGUGAUAAUAUGCUUCUUUGUGUUGUUGCUUACAGGAGCCACUGCCUGUGUUGAACUGAAGAGAUUUGAAGAGGCAAUCACUUGGUGUGAUAAGGGAUUGGCUGUAUCCUUUGAGGGAAUCUUUAACAUUUAG